AUUCUAUUUUAUAUUUCGUUUUGGAAGAACAAAAGAAAUGCAAUUACAUUACUAAGACAAAAUGCAACGACAGAAAAAGCAACGAUGAAAGCGAAGCGGCAAUCAUAAUCACAUUUCUUGCAUGUCAGAUCUUAGCAGGAUUCCCGAAGAAUGACCCUUGCCACAGCUGCCGAUGAAACUCUCGUGUCAAUUCUGACGGUUCGGGUUGCUUUUGCCACCACGGUACCACUCCGGAAAAGGUUGUUGGGGGAUGCUCAGACCCUUUUCUUUGGUUUUCGAGUUUCGAGACCUUUGGCUGGUUUUGUGAGCACACGUUCCCCCUUUGAACUUCCUUUUUGCUUUUGCGGAUCAUCCCGUCCAUGUGACGGCUCAUGCACGUUCCUUUCUUUUCGGUAUUUGCCCUUCCAGAAGGUGGUUGAAUAACCGUCAAGAAAAAAAAGAAAAGAGAACGAUCAGGGGAAUAAAAGGCAAA